AUGUAUGACUGGGUACUUUUGGGCGUGUGGAUGGUGCCCAUGUGGCAUUCUCUAGACGAGCCAGCUGCAACAUUCAAGCAAUCGCUCAACGAACUACGCGAGCCACCGUCGAGCGUCGUCAGCGUCGUCAGCGUCAAAUUUCCCAUGACACCGUCAGAGGAAUCAGUCGAGCGAAUAUAUGAGGAAGUACGUCCGGAGGCCUCUCGGCAUGACGAUCCCAGCUGGAUACCGCCGAGGACAGCGGUGCCUUCUUUUCUCAGCAAGGUCUCCUCAUCGACUAAGCGACUUGAUCCCAGACAUAGCUAUCAUCGAAGCAACAACUUGUGA